AUGCCCGACUCAUCAGACGAGUCAGGCCACGACGGCGUCGGCCUCGUGCAGAACGACGCCUCCGGCUCAGAAUCCUCCGGCAGCGACUCCGGAUCCGAGAAUGCCAACGCCAACGGCACUGGCUUCCUCGACGUCGAAGCCUCCGAAUCGGGCGACAGCGACUCGGACGACUCGUCAGACUCGGACUCGGACGACGAAUCGAUCCUGGGCGAGGGCCGCCAUCGCGCCCCGCGCGCCUUCUUCCCGGAAUUCCGCAGGCUCCCCAUCGAGCUGCGCCAUCGCAUCUGGCAGUUCUUCUGCCCGGACCUCGCCCUCCUCCCGCGCGUCCUCUCCUUCCAGAUGGUCUGCUCGCCGAAGCAGGAUAGCAUCUGGGAGAGCGCGACGCUGGAGAACCAGAUCGCCGCCGCGAGCGCCAUGCUCGCCGUCCACCGCGAGAGCCGGGGGCUCGCCCUGAAGGCCUUCCCAGACACCCUGGCCAUCCGCGAGGGGCGCCGCCUAGUGCGCUUCCACAAACAGAGAGACGUCGUCCACCUCAACGGCCAGAAGAAGACGUGGGAGCACAACAUCAGCGUCCCGGGCUUCUCCGAGAACGUCGUCAACCUGGCCCUCGACACCUCCGAGCUGGACCCCCGCCAGAUGAGGCUGUUCCUCGCGUUCCCCGACCUCAAAAACGUCUUCGACUUCGCCUGGCACAACGACAGACGCAUCCCGCAUAGGCUGCGUUGGUGCGCCUCGGACAAGGUGCACCACUACGAGAUUGAGCAGCUGCGGAAGAACGUCCACUCGGGCGAGGAUCUGCAUUUCGUCUACUGCUGGCCCGACGUCGAAAAACAUCGUGUGUUUGCGGAGAAGCAUGCAGGGCUGGCCGAAGUCUACGAGGCCGCCAUGACGGAGAUCGCCGAGAUCAGGGAGGAGGAUGCGGACUUUAUGGACGACGAGGACGUGGCGCGGCUCGGCGAGAUCGAUUACUGGCAGCUGACGUGCUUCGGCUGGGAUGCCGCAGACCGUUUCGAAGUGUGGCUGGCGAAGCACGGCGUCGCGGAUGGAGACAUACCCGCCGCCACCGAGGACGAUUCUGACAACAACAACAACGACGAAGACGGAUCAGAGGGGUCCGAUGAGUCCGACGACUCAUCCGACCAGAACGAGUAUGAGAGCGACGGCAUCGAUGACGCGACUAUCGAUGGAGAGUCGGGCAACGAGGAUGAGGAUGACGACGACUUGCUGAUCGACCGGCGAGGAGAAAGCGACGACGAGGAAGACGGCGGUGCUUCCGACUUUGGCGGGUUUUCUCCUCCGAGAGACGAAGACGGCGGCAUGUUGAUCGACGGCUCGCCCCCCGCGGCUCACUUCUCGAGUCCCGAACCGGAAUCUGGCGAGGGCCGACCGCAGACGGGCCGCAGACGCGCACGGCAAGUCGCGUCUUCUUCUGGCGAAGAAUCCGGGGAGGAGGAUGAAGAGGCCGGAAACUUGGGGCGCGGCGCAGGCCGACGUGGACCUGUUGUCUUAUCCGACGACGAAGACGAGGAGGACGUCGAGGAGAGGCCAUCACAGAGCACCAGCCGCCGCGGCCGCGUCGUGCUCUCGGACGACGACGAAGACGAAGGAGAAGAAACGCAGGGGGCGAAGACGGCGAGACCUGCCGGGAGGCGUGCCCGAGUGCUCCCUUCAGACGACGAGGACGAGGAUGAAGACGAGGGCGGUGCAGACGUCGGCAACGCCGAGAUCCCCAAAGGCCCGGGCGACUUCGACGACGAUGACGAUGACGAAGGGGGCACAAAUAAAAAGCCUCUGUCCCUCGCGGAAAAGCUCGCCCGCAACCGGCGCGAAAACCCGGUAUCCGAUGCGGAAGAGGAGUCCGAGGAGGAGAGCUCGGAGGAGGAACCAGCGGCAGCGGCGCCGCCCAAGAAGAUGUCGCUGGCCCAGCAACUCAUGACGCACCGCAAGCGGAACCCCAUCGUGUCCGAGUCCGAGGGCGAGUCCGGGGGAAGCGUCGUCGACGAGGACGAGGACGAGGACGAGGAGGACGACGAUGAAGAAGACGACGAGAACGGUAUGUUCAUGAACAUGGCGGACGAGGGCGAGUCCGACGAUGAAGGGGACGAAGACGACUAUUAG